AUGGUUUCCAAUUCAGGCCCCAAUACGAAGAAGAGGGGAUUGGGUGAUGUGAGUGGAGUCGAUGUUAUAGAAAUUGACAGCGGUGACGAUAAUGACCAUCAUAAUAACAACAACCACAAUACAGCAGCAGCUGAGGGAGAACCUCGCAAUGACGAGAGCCAGAGGAUUGGAUACGAAAAGGAAGACGACGAAAGCAUAUCGAGCCCAGAGGUUGUCGACAUGACCGAUGAUCUUGACGGAUACCCCGGUGAGGAAGUAAUCCCGGAUCAGGACUUUGAAAUUGUGGAGAAUGACGAAGCCGACGACGAGGUGGAGCCCGGGAGAGGAGCAGCAGCAGGAGGAGGCUUUGAUAAACAGAGUCACGCUGUCUCUGCACAGCAAGAUUAUCCCACGCCACAACAACAACCACAGUCGAGACAGCUGUUGGCCCUGAGCUCGCAAAAGCAAAUAUACCCCGACGCCAACGAGUUUGAUGCUCUCGCCAAGAAAUUGAUGAAGCCCAUCCCCGACUACCCCGUGGCUGACCAGACGCAUUUUGUGUGGGAGAUCAAAGACUGGGCCCUGUUCUCAAAGGAAAUGAAGGUAAGGUCCCCCAGGUACAAGUGCGGCGGCUUUGAGUGGAGCAUCUUGCUUUUCCCCAGAGGCAACAACCAAAGCGGCAACAUCUCGGCAUACAUGGAGCCGCACCCGCCUCAGGACGAGACCACUGGCCAGCCCAAGAACGAAAACUGGUAUGUUUGUGCCCAGUUUGCAAUUGACAUAUGGAACCCGCUUCAUCCAGAGGCACAUUCACCGAGCCAAAGCUCGCAUCGUUUCAGCAAGACUGAUACCGACUGGGGGUUUGGCACCAUGGUUGAUCGAAGACAACUAUUGGGGAAACGGUAUGGCAAGAGUAAUCAAACGACAUUGCAUUCGAUCUUGGAAAACAACCAGCUCAAUCUCACGGGUUACGUCAGAGUCAUUGAUGAUUCUUCAACCGGGGUACUAUGGCACAACUUUAACAAUUUCGACUCGAAACUCAACUCGGGCUACGUGGGGUUGAACAAUCAGGGGGCAACAUGUUAUUUGAACUCAUUAUUGCAAAGUUAUUUCACGACAAAGCAGUUUAGAAAGUUGGUGUAUGAGAUCCCGACAAAGGAAGGCAAAAACUCCGAAGUAGCAUUGGCCUUACAGAGAAUCUUCUACUUGCUAUCCAGCUCCAGCGACCCCGUGGGAACAAUGGAGUUGACAAAGUCGUUUGGAUGGGACUCGUCGGAAGCGUUUACUCAGCACGAUGUCCAAGAGUUGAACCGGAUAUUGAUGGACAAGCUAGAAACUGCCAUGAAAGGUAGUGCCAUUGAAAAUGGCCUCAAUGAUAUAUUUGUGGGGAAAAUGAAGUCAUACAUCAAGUGCGUCGAUGUGCCUUACGAGUCCUCGAGGGUAGAAGAUUUCUGGGACAUUCAACUAAAUGUCAAGGGUUUUAAAAACCUUGAAGAAUCUUUUAAAAACUACAUUGAGAUUGAAAUGCUCGACGGAGAGAACAAGUACCAAGCCGGUGAGAAUUUCGGCUACCAAGAUGCGAAAAAGGGGGUGGUGUUUGAGUCCUUCCCGCCGGUGUUGCAUCUCCAGUUGAAGAGGUUUGAAUACGACUUUAUGGUUGACGACUUGGUCAAGAUUGAUGAUUUCUACGAGUUCCCUGACAACAUAGAUUUGAAGCCAUAUUUGGAUGAGGAUUUGCCCGAGGAGGUCAAGAGCCAGAACUGGAACUACAAAUUGCAUGGAGUCUUGGUCCACCAAGGAACAAUCUCCAAUGGACACUACUAUGCCAUGAUUAAACCCAAUGCGUAUGACGACACGUGGCUCCGAUUCGACGAUGACAAGGUUUGGAAAGCAACUAGUCUGCAAGUUUUCCAAGAAAACUUUGGCGCUUCGGAUUUGAGUAGCGAGGAGUUGGCCCUGAUUACUCGAACCGAGCAGCAAGAGCAUUUCAUUCGAAGAGUCACGUCGGCGUAUAUGUUGGUUUAUUACCGCGAGACGGAGUUGGACAAGAUCUUACCUGCCGACGAGAGUGCAAUCAAGGCUAUAAUCCCCGAGCAUGUGAGCAAACAAAUUCAAUUUGAGAUUGAAGAAAAGGAAAGGUUGGAAAGAGAGCGACAAGAGGCGUUGUAUUACGUCAACCUUAAGCUCAUCACCACCUCGACCAUCAAUAGCCACUUGGGCUUUGACCUUGCGUUGGACCCAACGGUUUCCAAAUACUACGAAUCGCAUCUUGCUGGCACAGAAUCCGAUCCCAAGGUGCUCAAAGUCAGAAAGGAUAGCAUGUUUUCCCAUUUGAUGGACAAGAUUAGAGAUUUGUUGGGGUAUGAAUCAAAUAGCACCGACUCGUUUAGGCUCGUUAGCGUUUGUCACAGAAACAACCAUACCAAUAGGUUAGAUGGACCCGUGGAAGAUGAAGGGAAUGCUCUAGUCAGCAGUGUUGUUGCGAAAAACUUCAACAGAAAGUACGACGAGGCGGUAUUCUAUGUGGAAGAGCUCAAUAAGGACAUCAGAAAUAUCAACAAGUUGGCGGCACUGCAGCAGCAAGUGGUUGACCCUGCCGAGUUUAAGUUUAGCACAGUGUUUGAUAAAAUCAAGUCCGUGGGAACCAAGUUGGAAGAAGAUAUGAAAUUCAAGAGCACCUCGCCAUAUUCAGGGUACAACACGAUAUUGAUUAAAUACUUUGAUCCGACUAGCCAGGAAAUUCGCACCUUAUCGCACAUUACUGUGGGAAGAAACGACACGAUCAAGAGCAUUAUUUCACCCAUUAGGGAACUAUUGGGGUUCCCGGCUACUGUCGAGCUCGAACUUUAUGAAGAAUUGUCGCCGAUGAAACUCGAGGCUUUAAAUACAGAUUUGACAUUUGAUAAGCAGGAGUUGAACAAUGGUGACAUCAUCACGGUGCAGGUUUCAAAUGUGCAGGAAUUGGCUGGUGCAAACAAACGAUUCAAAACCAUCAAGGAUUAUUACAAGUUUUUGGCCACUCGCGUCCACAUCAGGGUCAAGCCUUAUAGCGCCAACACCGAUGUGGAAGACUCGGAGUACUUGGACGAAGGCGACGAGGAUGAGGAUGAAGAUAAGGAGAAUGGGUUUGGUGGUGGUGCUGGUGGUGGUGGUGCUGGUACCAAUGGUGCCGGUGGUAAUGAUGCCGUGAAUGGAGAGGAUAAUGACCAAACUACAAUCAAGGAAAUUGAAAUAGCCAAGAAAUUGAGCAAGAGCUUUGAGCUAUGGAUCCCGAGUAACUCAUCAUAUUUCGAUCUCGCUGAGGAAAUCUCCAAGGUUAUCAAGUGCGACCUGGAAUAUCUCAAGCUCUUCAUUAUUGGCAACCAGGGACAGCGGUACACUUUGAAAUCGACGCACGUUUUGUCCCACUUGUUUCCCCGAGGAAUAAACGUUGACGACAUUAUUGAAUUCGAGUACGAGGUGUUAAACAUCAGGUUGAAAGAAUACGAAAAUUUGAAAUCUUUCAAAGUUUACUGGCUCAACAACUUGCUCCAAUACCAGAUGUUUGAAUUGUUGGUGCCAAGGAAAGGCGAUGUCCGCGACCUUGUCAAUAAGUUGUUGCACAAGGUGAAUGUUCCUGAGAAAUAUUUAAAGUAUUUGCUAUGCUGGUCAGGAGUGAAUCACUCGUUUCGAGAUAUUAUCAAGUUUGAGACUGAAAUCAGCAACAUUAGCGAGAGUGUCGACAUAUACUGUGGCGUUUUUCCCGCCGAAAUUGCCGUGCUCUGCGACCACGGCUUUGUCAAAAGAUUCACAAUCGAGCCCGCGUCGAUUGACGAGACUGAAAUCGAGGACAAGACCCUUCGCGACGAGUUUGUGUCUGCACGAGAAUUGUCCAAAAACUUAAACAUCAUCCCCGCAUUUCACUUCCACAAAAAUAGCAGCAACCACCACGGGAUUCCUUUCCUCUUUGUGGUGUUUCCAAACGAACCCUUUGAGCAAACAAAGGAGAGGUUGCGAUUAAAAUUGGGGUUGGGCAAACAGGCCUUUGACAAGGUCCGACUUGCCUUGGCCGAUAUGAACGACAAGGGAAUGUACCUCGACGAAGGUGACGAGAACCUCGUUUUGUUUGAUAAGCUUGACCAAAGGAGAAACCACUUGGCUCUUGAUCAUCCCGAUCGAGAUCCAAAACGGCAAAAUACAUUCGACAAGGGGAUAUCUAUCAAAUAA